AUGGAACUGGAAAUAAAGGAAUUAAAAGAUCUAUAUCAAAAACAUGUUAUUGAUAAAAAGAUCAUCGAUAAAAAUAAUUGCUUUGAAUUGCUUGAAUUUUAUACAGAUAUUUCAUCUCCUGAUGAUAUUUCAAAUUGCAUCGAUUUUAUUUCAUCACAUUUCUACGAAAUUGAUGAAAUUAAACUCAAGUUAAUCAUCAAAAAACUCGGAUACGAAACAAUUCAAAAAAUAAUCACUAACGACAAAUUAAAGUUAAAAAAUGAAGAUUUAUUUGCAGAUUUCAUUAUAUCACUCACUGGAGAAAAUGAUACAUUCAUUCCAUUAAUUGAGUACAUUCAUUUUGGCGUUUGCAGCGAAAAUACAAUCAAUAGGAUCUUAGAUAUAAUAACAACAAAUAACUACUACAGUAUUAUCAAAUCUCUUCAUGAUUCUGUGCUAAGGUCAAGAUUUCAUUGCCAUAAAUUCGAUCGAUAUUUCGUUUCAUUUGAUAUUAGAUUAAAAAUUGACGAGAUAAAAAACUCAAGUGACUAUUAUGACACGUAUAACUUCCUUGAUGAUCUCUCUCGAAAAGGAAAUAGAAUCAUUAUAGCAAUCGCACUUGAAGAGGGACUUCGUUUUGAUAAAAUUGUUUUACUUGAAGCAGCUAGGCAAGGAAAUCUCAGCCUUAUUACAUCACUUAUAUUAUGCGGAUGUAAUAAAAAUGCAAUGGAUUCGAUUGAGCAAGGAUAUACGCCACUCAUUUGGGCGGCUCAUAAUGGUCAUCUUGAGGUUGUUAAAUAUCUUAUCUCCAUUGGAGCCAAUAUAAACGCAGAGACAGAUGAUGGAAGCAGUCCAAUUAUUGUUGCAUCAAAAGAAGGUCACCUUGAAAUUGUUAAAUAUCUCAUUUCUGCUGGAGUUAAUAAAGAAGGAAAAAAUAAAGAUGGAAAAACUCCGCUCAUCAUGGCUUCAUAUUAUGGUUAUAUUGAUAUUGUUGAAUAUCUUAUUUCCAUUGGAUGCAAUAAAGAAGAAAUGGAUAAGGAUGGAAAAACCCCUCUGAGUUUAGCAGCAGAACAUGGUUGUAUUGAAGUUGUAAAAUAUCUUGUUUCUAUUGGAGCAAAUGUGGAAGCAAAGGACAAAUAUGGAAAAACUCCUCUAUUAUUGGCUUCAUAUUAUGAUCAUCUUGAUGUUAUUAAAUAUCUCAUAUCCAUUGGGGCAAAUAAAGACGCUAUAGAUAAUGAUGGUAAAACUCCACUUGAUUAUGCAAAAGAUAAAGGAAGAAAAAAGUUGGGAAUAAAAAUGUUCAAAACUGUUGCUGCCCUUUUAUAA